CUCCCUAAAUUUGAAGAACUAUGGAGAAGUGGUACUUGAUGACAAUAGUGGUCUUAAUAGGACUAACAGUACGGUGGACAGUUUCUCUUAAUUCUUAUUCAGGUGCUGGAAAACCCCCUAUGUUUGGUGAUUAUGAAGCUCAGAGACAUUGGCAAGAAAUUACUUUUAAUUUACCAAUCAAACAAUGGUAUUUUAACAGCAGUGAUAACAAUUUACAGUAUUGGGGAUUGGAUUACCCACCUCUAACAGCUUAUCAUAGUCUCUUAUGUGCAUAUGUGGCAAAGUUUAUAAACCCAGACUGGAUUGCUCUCCAUACCUCACGUGGAUAUGAGAGUCAGGCACACAAACUCUUCAUGCGUACAACAGUUUUAAUUGCUGAUUUGCUGAUUUACAUACCUGCAGUGGUUUUGUACUGUUGUCGUUUGAAAGAAAUCUCCACUAAGAAAAAAGUAAGUUUUAAAGCAACUGUUUUCUGUAUUAGCCUGACUCUUAAGAACAUAUAUAAUUCUGUGAGUCUUGGCUUUGCUUUGUGGGGUGUUCUUGGAGUAUCUUGUGACUGGGACCUGUUAGGGUCACUGGCAUUUUGCUUAGCUAUAAAUUAUAAACAGAUGGAACUGUACCACUCCUUGCCAUUUUUUUGCUUUUUACUUGGCAAGUGUUUUAAAAAAGAUCUCAAAGGAAAGGGGUUUGUGUUGCUAAUUAAGCUAGUUUGUACUGUUGUGGCUUCCUUCAUUCUCUGCUGGCUGCCAUUCUUUACUGAAAGGGAACAAACCUUGCAGGUUUUAAGAAGACUCUUCCCAGUUGAUCGUGGAUUAUUUGAGGAUAAAGUAGCCAAUAUUUGGUGUAGCUUCAGUGUCUUUCUGAAGAUUAAGGAUAUUUUGCCACAUCACAUCCAGAUAAUAAUCAGGGACCCAGGGCUCCAAGGGGAUGCCAUGAAUUUAACCCUGACUAGCAGUAACAUCUAUCCCAGAUACCUUUCUUCAGUGCCCGGGUGGUAUGAAUUUCUUGUCUCAGUAAUCACUAUGGUCCUUCUGACGCUGAUGACUGCCACACUGGAUCCUCCUCAGAAAUUACCGGACUUAUUUUCUGUAUUGGUGUGUUUUGUGUCCUGCUUGAACUUCCUAUUCUUCUUGGUAUACUUCAACAUUAUAAUCAUGUGGGAUUCCAAAAAUGGAAGAAAUCAGAAGAAAAUCAACUAGCUGUAUUUCUAAAGAAAUGUGAAAAUGUGAACAGUGCUAAAAGGUUUUGUGAACUUUUUGCUGUGUAUAAAUGAAAUUAUCAUUUUAAGAAUCA